AACCGUUAAGUCCUGUUCAGGGAACAAUCAUUUUUUCACCCACAAAACUCUGUAACACUUAUACCAGACUUACUGGGAAGACGUCUCUAUUAAAUCCGGAUAGUCCGGAUGGUUGCUGGGACGAAUUAUAUAUGAUUGCUGGUGGCACCGGAAUAACGCCAAUGCUACAGUUAAUCAAGUAUUAUUUGGAACAGUCGAUGAAACAAAAAAAUGAUACCAAUAAAAAUGUUGCAUAUAAACGGAUGCACUUAUUAUUUGGAAACCGUAAAAUUGAAGAUGUUAUUGAUGGUGAAUUACUCGAAGAUAUUGCGAUUUCAAGUCGAGGACAACUUACUGUAACGUAUUGUCUCUCAGAGCCGCCCUCAGAUUGGGGUGGUUUGCAAGGAAGAAUUGAUAAACAAACAAUACAAGAAUGGAUGAAUUUAAUGCAGAGUGUAUUCCUUUCAACUCCUAGCAAGUCUCAGAUGAAGAUUCUUGAGAGUCAUUCUAUACGUCGUAAAGUAAUUGCGCAAAGCCAGAGUUCUUCACCAACGUUAGAGCCUCAAUCGCCAUAUAUGCAGCCACAUUAUGAAGAAGCUUUGUCUCCAAUCUUGCAAUACAGGUCUGAAAGUACGUUGCCUCUUUCGAAAGAAUCGAAAACUUCUAUCAUACAACCUGAUGAUAGCCAAAAAUAUGAAGAGUGUAUAAUUGAUGCGGAAUCCAAUUUAAAGCCAGAAUUGUCGACAAAAAAAUCACGAUUACUCACUAUUGAUCCAGAUCUAGCAAAUUCUGGAGAAAGCUAUGAUUUGUUACAAGGAAAAAUUAUUGUUAGUGGUCCAUCUG